GUACUAUUAAUCAUAGCAAAACAUCGUGUUGAAGUACCAAUGUCAAUGUCAAAAACUUGCCGAAUCGAAUCGAGUAAAAAUGUCAAAUUGUCAAUUGUCAUUUCAAACAAAAGCAUUCGUACCGCAACAAAAAUAUUGUUUUUUUAGUUUUAUUGCGUGUGAAAUUGCGUGAGCAGAUAGUUUAAAAUGGUUGGUCUAGACACAGACCUCAACCGGGACGAUGAAUGCGACAACAUUGGCUUAGGAUGUGCCUUAGAGCACUUUUCAGAGAUAGAAGAUGUAUUGAACAUGAUUGAUAAUGUUAAAAAUAUAUAUAACACACCAGCUUUGGAAGUAGAAUAUGAUAAACUGUAUGCAAUCUUGAAGCAAUACUAUGAACAACCACAUCUGCUUGAUCCCCAUCUAGACAAGAUGUUAUCGAAGUUCCUGAGCCUAAUUAAGGAUAAAGACUCUCCUUUCGAGUUGAAGCAUGCUACGUUUAAUUAUAUGUAUCAAAUCAUCAGAGUAAGAGGAUACAAGAUUGUUAUAAGACAUCUCCCUCAUGAGGUGUCAGAUCUCCUAACAGUAUUAACAUUCCUGGAGGCUCAGGAUCCCAAAGACAAGGAGACAUGGAGGAGUAGAUUUGUGUUGUUGUUGUGGCUCUCUAUUGUUGUGAUCAUUCCUUUCCACAUGAGUCGGCUUGAUGGGUUUGCACCUGGACAAGCAGAUACUGCGGAAGGAUCAAAGAAACUGACCGUGAUGGAGAGAAUUUUCAAUAUCUGCAAGACUUAUGCUAUGAGUAAGGACUCAUGUGCUGAGGCCAGUGCUUACUUAGCUUCCAAGUUUCUUAUAAGGUCUGAUGUAAAAGAGUUAUACAUGGGUGCAUUCUUCGACUGGGCUUGCGAUCUACAUUCCAAUUUACAAGAAGAGGAAACGAUUCACUAUGGUGUGCUAGCAGCAGUUGCAGCUGUACUGAAACAUGGCAAGAGAGAUGAUCUGCUACCGUUGGCUCCGAAACUCUUGGCUUGGGUCACCAACCAGAAUUAUAAACAACAUAAAGCUAUGCUCGUUAGGAAGUAUGGUGUGAAGAUUGUGCAGAGAAUAGGUCUGACAUUCCUCCGUCCGCGUGUAGUGUCGUGGCGUUACACUCGUGGUUCCCGCUCGUUGGCUGUGACGCUCGGCGGUGGAGUUGCGGCCGCCGGCGAUACCGAACCUAUCACUUCUCCACCUGAUGAUGAUGACCAGGAUAUUCCUCAGGAGGUGGAAGAUGUAGUAGAACUGCUACUAUGUUCCCUGCGCGACGACGACACAGUGGUGCGAUGGUCGGCAGCUAAAGGAGUCGGUCGUAUCGGCGCCCGUCUGCCCGCGCUCGCCGCCGCCGAUGUAUGUGACAGUGUACUCUCGUUGUUCGCCGAAAACGAACGAGAGACUGCCUGGCAUGGAGGAUGUAUGGCGUUGGCUGAACUAGCCCGUCGCGGUCUCCUGUCCCCGGGGCAGGUGGGGCAGGGCGUGUCGAGCGUGGUGAGCGCGCUGCGGCGGGACGAGGCGCGCGCGGCCGCGGGGGGCGCGGGGGGGCGCGCCGCCCGGGACUCCGCCUGCCACGCCGCAUGGGCCUUCGCACGGGCAUACGACGCCGCCGCACUCGCGCCUUAUGCUAAACCCCUCGCCUUCGCGCUUAUUAGUACUGCUUGUUUUGAUAGAGAGAUAAACUGUCGCCGCGCCGCUUCAGCCGCUUACCAAGAGAACGUAGGUCGUCACGGCAUGUUCCCGCACGGUAUCAACGUACUCACUACUGCGGACUUCCAAUCCGUAGGCCCUAGGAACAAUGCCUACCUAGUCAUUGCCCCACAAGUGGCCUCAUACCCAGAAUACACGCAGCCUCUCAUAGACCAUCUCGUUGAACUGAAGGUUGAACAUUGGGACUGUGCUAUAAGAGAAAUUGCCGCCAAAGCACUCAAUAAGUUGACUGAUAAGAUACCGGAUUACGUAGCAACGGUUGUGUUACCGAAAUUGGUGAAAAAGACUGAGUCCAUUGAUCUGAAUGUUAGGCACGGAGCCAUCUUAGCUAUCGGUGAAGCUAUUUAUGCUCUCUCUCAAGCUGAACUGCCAAAUGGUAAAACCGCAGACUCCCUACUAUCAGAAGACGUAUGUCUAUCAGUCCGAGGUCUGGUGUCAGGGCUCCGGUCCCGGCAGCAGUUCCGCGGGCUGGGCGGGGAACUCAUGCGGCAGGCGUGUUGCCACUGCAUCGCCUCGCUGUCGCUGGCCAACCAGCCGUACCAUGGACAUGAUAUUAUUGAUGAAUGGCUGAAUCUUAUUGAAGAAUGUCUAUCUCACGAGGUACAAGCCAUUAGGGAGAAGGCAAUCUACGCAUUACCUCUAGUGUUCGACCAUUACUUGCGCGAUGAUAACUUGAAGUACGGCGAGCUGACUGCUAAGGAGAAACGCAAGCAACUGAUGGAGAAGUACUGUGAACAGCUCAGCAAUACUGGGGUCAAUGGUUUGGUGCUGAGGAUGGGGUACGCUAGGGCUGUUGGCUCGCUACCAAAAUUCGUGCUCACAGAACACCUAUCGCUGGUCAUCCAAUCUUUGAUCAACUGUACUAAAGUGACGGAAGGUACACAGAAGUGGGCCGAGGCGAGACGUGACGCAGUAGUGGGGCUCACUGAAGUAUGCCAGACACAGGGCAUCGUGGGGGGAGUGCGGGACUAUGUCGCGGGGAUUAUACACGCCUUGCUCGACUGUCUGGCUGAGUAUACUAUCGAUAUGAGGGGGGAUAUCGGCGCUUGGGUGCGGGAGGCUAGUAUGACUGGUCUACUAUCAAUCAGCCGGCAGUGCGCCAUAGAAGCCCCGGAGCUGAACAGUCCGGCGGUAGUGUCGGCAGUCAUGUGUGGAGUGGCCCAACAGGCCGUGGAGAAGAUCGAUCGCACUAGAGCACAUGCUGGGAGGAUCUUUACAUCGCUUAUAUACAAUGACCCACCAAUCACGAACAUACCUCACCACGAUGCCUUGAAGCGCAUAUUCCCAUGUGAAGAAGUUGAACUGAAGCCUCCAGCUAAGGAGAUAGAGGAAGAUCAAACAAUGACCAGUGAGAACACCAACGUAGUACUGUGGCUCUUCCCUGGACAUACCAUGCCCAGAUUCGUACAACUGUUGAAUUACCCAGACUAUCGGUACAAUGUUAUCAAGGGGCUGGUUGUCAGCGGUGGCGAGUUGACUGAGAGUUUGGUGAAACACACGACUCAGUCUCUGUACGCCUACCUCAACACGUUGCACGAUAACAAAGAAAUGCUGAAGUCUAUCUGCGACACCAUCAUCAAAGUAUUUGCUGACAAUCUCCACGUCAAGAGGAUAACCGGACCUAUGUUCAAUUUCUUGGACCGACUGUUGAGUUCAGGCUCUAUAUCACCGAUACUAGAGGACCCUGAGUCUACGUUUGCUAUGGACAUACUGAAGCAUUUACAACUGGAACUUCGAGGAGGAAAGAACAUCUACAAGCUGUUAGAUUCUAUCAACGUUUUGUGUCAACUUAUUCAGGUGGGUGGCGUAGUAUGCAGCAGGUCCCUGGGCCAGCUAGUGAUCUACCUGUGCUACGCGGACCGGUACGUGCGGCGCUGCGCCGCGGCGCGGCUGUACGAGGCGCUCACUCUCUACGGGGACGUCUGCUCCGUGCCACAGGACAAUAUCGACCAGAUAAUGUCGGUGCUCGCAGAAACGGACUGGGAAAGAGAGGUAUCAGAACUGAGACCUAUAAGGAACGAUCUCUGCGACCUCAUGGAUAUAAAGAGACCAGUCAUGAAACAGAAGACGGGAGCGUAAGAUUGUAGGAGGAUUUUUAUAUUGUAGCACAUACUAACGCUUUGUAUAGCUUUAUUGUAUGAUGGAAUAGCAUUAAAGACCGGAUUGAACGAUCCCAGAAGGUCCAAUGUCCCCCUAAAGCUGUAGAGUGUAACGCACUUGAAAGGACUAACGGACUGUACCCUAGGCGCUCUGAUUGGUUGGUUUAUUCGAGCCGGCCAAUCAGAGCGCCAAACGCUCUCGUUUCGAUUACUUUAAACGUAAAGUAAACUCAUACUAAGGGUACUGGUGUUGCGCAUGUCCAUGGGUGGCGCCAAAUGCUUAAACUUAUAGGUUAUAUCUAUCCAAGAUUAUAAUAAAUAUACACUGACUUGUAUCCACAACAAUAGUUAUCUCAGUAAAGUUAUAAUAGUAAUUAUAUGCAAAAUUAUGCGUUUUAUACUUUAUGUUCAUAAAAUAAUUGUUGUUUAUAAAAUACGUUUGAAUUGUCAAAGAGUUUUUAGAUGCACUAUGGAGUGAUGGAGACUAAGAUAAUAUGUUAAUGUAAUUCUCUUGAACUUGAAAUUAAAAUUCAGACGUCCUUUAUUAUUAUAUAAUCCUACGUAAUAUGUAGUGAAUAAUACAUCUUUUAUUAUAACAUAAUAAUUAAUCUUGUGUCAUAAAUAACGAACAAUCCGGUCUUUAAUGACUAAACUGAGGAUUGCAAUACAAGUUACUUAGUACUGCAUAUCAUUCAGUUCUUUCCCGCUGAAGAAGUAUCGUUAUAUUAACUUGCUAAUGUGAUAAUACGUGCUAUGAACUUGUGUUAAAGUAUGUUUUCACUGGGCAAAUGUGGGAAUAAAGAUGACUUGUGGAAAUUGUAGAAUGCAAGUUGAAUGUGAGUCACUGCAUUGAUAGUGAAUUCUGUAAGUACAGACCUCUGUUUCUUGAAUAACUGCUGAGUAAUAACUGUGAAUGGUUUAAUAUGCAGUCUAAUUUACUAAAAAUAAUGGGGUUAUUUAGAACAAAAGAUGAUAUGUGAUCUUAAGAGGAAUAUUAUUUAUAUCACAAAACAAUUACUCAGCUAUAACAUAUCUUCAGAACAAUUCUUCGCUCAGUGAAAACGUACCUUAACAGAAAUAUGAGAUUCAUAUUUUUUUAUACAUAUAGAGCUUAUCAGUAACGACAUUUGACACUGUAAUAAUAUUUUAACACGAUGUCAGAUAAUGAUACGUGCACACGUUUUGCUAAUUUGUGAUAACUAGAUGCUCGGCAAAUUGGUUGAUCUUGAUAUGAAAUGAAUGUGCAUUUAUGUUACUCAAUACAUUUCUAAUAUACUUAUCUAUUUAUUUA